AUGGCUCUACGUCGUCUUCUCCAAGCCAAUAUAAACCACUGCGCCAGGGCUCAGGAUCUCUUACUCCAGAGCAUGGCGCAGUGGUCCAUCGACGUGGCUGCCGUCGCCGAGCCGUACUUUGUGCCACCCAGGGAUGACUGGGUGUGCGACAAUAACCGCUCGGUGGCGCUCAUUCAGAGGUCCGGCGCCGACAUCCUUCCCUUCGAGGCCGUCACCCGAGGGCGGGGCUAUGUCGCGGCAGUCUGGGGUGAUAUAGUGGUCGUGGGGGUAUAUUUCGCCCCCAGCCUUUCUCUCGCAGAUCUCGAGAGCAUCACCCUGGAGUUGGGCACGGUCGUCUGUCGUAGCCGCCCUCGUCCCGUGCUCGUCCUGGGGGACUUCAACGCCAAGUCUACGGCUUGGGGUUCCCCGUCUACGGACGCGCGAGGCGAGUUAGUGGAGGAGUGGGCGGUCGAGCAGGGCCUGCUCCUCCUGAAUCGAGGUUCGGUGCAGACGUGCGUGCGGCAGCGGGGUGGGUCAAUAGUGGACCUCACGUUCGCUAGCCCCGCUCUCGCGCGCACCGUCCUCGACUGGGACGUGCUGGAGGACGUCGAGACGCUAUCCGACCACCGAUACAUCAGGUUUAGCGUCUCCGCCCAGACCUCGAUUCGGCCGGUUCCAGCGGCCUCGGCAGGUGUCGGAGACGGUCCGCGUUGGGCCAUAAAACGGCUGGACAGGGAGGCUCUUCUGGAGGCCUCAAUCGUCAAGGCCUGGCUGGAUUCUCCAGGCAGGCCUGCCAACAUCGACGAGGAGGCGGAGUGGUUCCGGGAGAGCAUGUCGCACAUCUGCGACGCUGGCAUGCCCCGAGUCCGGCCGCUACCAUCCAGGCGCCAAGUGUACUGGUGGGCGCAGUCGAUUGCGCAGCUGCGCAUCGUCUGCGUUCGGGUGCGACGCUGGUACACAAGGUGCCGACGACGAAGAAGACGCCGCCGCCCCUUUACAGCGGCGGCCGAUCAAGAUCGUGAAGAGGCGGAGCUAUACGCUCACUACCGAGAGGCGAAGAGUGCACUCCAGCUGGCCAUCGUCCGGGCCAAGGCCCAGGCCAACAGAGAACUGCUGGAGACUCUGGACCUAGAUCCAUGGGGACGCCCCUACCUGAUGGUGAGGGGCAAGUUGCGCCAGUGGGCCCCCCCAUUGUCCCGGAGUCUUCAGCCACAGCUGCUGGAGGAGGUAGUGAGUGCAUUGUUUCCAUCGAGACCGGAGCACACACCACCGGCUAUGGUUCCGCCUCGGAACAUGCCCGACGACGACGACGACGACGAAGACGACGACGAAGUGCCAGAGGUGACCCUGGUGGAGCUGAGAGUCGCAGCGGCUCGCAUCAAGAACACCGCCCCAGGCCCCGACGGCAUUCCAGGUCGCGCAUGGGUCCUCGCCAUGAGACACUUAGGGCCGCGACUAUCAGGGCUCUUGAGCGCCUGUCUGGAACGAGGCCAGUUUCCGAGCCGGUGGAAGACCGGAAAGCUGGUCUUGAUAAAGAAGGAGGGGCGACCUGCAGACUCACCAUCUGCGUACAGACCGAUCGUGUUGCUGGACGAGGUGUGUAAGAUCCUCGAGCGAAUCAUCGCCAGUCGCCUCGUUCAGCACAUGACCAGGGUGGGGCCGGAUUUGGCGAAUAUUCAAUUCGGUUUCCGCCAGGGACGCUCGACAGUGGACGCGAUCAUGCGCGUGAAGGCCCUCGCGGAGGAGGCAGUCGCCCGGGGUGAGGUGGUCUUGGCGGUGUCGCUAGACAUCGCCAACGCUUUCAACACCUUGCCUUGGAGUACCAUCAGGGAGGCACUCCGAUACCAUGGAGUGCCGCGCUACCUCCGACGCGUUGUCACGGCUUACCUGUCGGACCGAGCGGUCGUGUACCCGGGCCGAGAAGGAUGGGGUCGGAGAGAGACGUCGUGCGGCGUUCCGCAGGGUUCUGUUCUGGGACCACUCCUGUGGAACGUGGGGUACGACUGGGCUCUGCGCGGUGCGUUUCUCCACGGCGUCGGCGUCAUUUGUUACGCCGACGACACGCUCGUCACAGCGCGUGGGAAGUCGUACCGGCAGGCGGCCAUACGCGCGACUGCUGGUGUCGCGCACGUCGUGGGUAGGAUCCGGCGGCUGGGCUUGGAGGUGGCAUUGCACAAGUCGGAGGCCCUGUGUUUUCACGGGCCGAGGACGAAACCGCCUCCCGGUUCCAGCAUCAUCGUAGGAGGGGUAUCCAUAGCUGUAGAGUCGACGAUGAAAUACCUAGGACUCGUCCUCGACAGUCGGUGGAACUUCGGGCCGCACUUUACACGGCUCGCCCCCCGGUUGUUGGGCGCCGCCUCAGCGCUCUCGCGCUUGCUGCCCAACCUGGGGGGACCCAACUCCUCGUGCAGGAGGCUCUACACGGGGGUCGUACGGUCGAUGGCGCUAUACGCCGCGCCAGUGUGGGCGGAUGCCCUGACGGCAAACAACGUCGCCGUGCUGAGAAGACCGCAGCGCGCGAUGGCCGUCAGGAUGAUAAGGGGAUACCGUACGAUCUCCUUCGAGGCAGCGAGCCUCCUAGCCGGCUCCCCGCCCUGGGACCUCGAGGCAAAGCUCCUCGCGUCGCUCUAUUGGUGGCGCGCGGAGGCGGUCGAGCGGGGUGAGCGCCUGGUGCCUCGACAGAUCGAGGCACGCAGGGCAGAGCUUCGCCAGGUCUUAGUGGCGGAGUGGCACGCGCGCUUAGCGCAACCCACGACAGGGCAAGCCGCCACCGUAGCGGCGGUGAGGCCCGUUUUGAAGGAGUGGCUCAACAGGAGCCACGGCGCUCUCGGCUUCCGGCUGACGCAGGUGCUCACCGGGCACGGGUGCUUCGGGAAGUACCUGUGUCGCAUAGGCCGGGAGCCGACGUCCCAGUGCCACCAUUGUGGCGACUGUCGCGACGAUACGGCGUUGCACACGUUGGCGGAGUGCCCAGCAUGGGCUGAGCGGCGAAGACCCCUGUCCACGGCCAUUGGAUUGGACAUAUCGCUUCCGGCCAUUAUUCGAAAGGUGGUCGCGAGCGAAGAGGCGUGGGCGGCAUUACGGGUCUUCAGCGAGGCCGUAAUGUCCGCGAAGGAGGAGGCGGAGCGUCAGCGGGAGGAAGAUCCCGAUUCGCUUCCUCCAGCGGCGGACUCGGGGGGAGUCCGUCGCGGUUCUGACGGAGGCGGAGACGGAAGGUGCGCCGAAACACCCUGGCGUGCCUUUCGUGGCGAGUCGCCCUUUUACAGCGACGGCCGCUGGCAGGGCCGCGGUGGUGAGCCACGAGGGUGUCAAUCCCUCCCCGAUUCGCUUCACGGAUCGGGCAGUCCCAUAUCGAAAUAUGAGGGGGACAAAGUCGCACGAUCGAUUUGUCACGACGACCAUACCGCGAGCAUAACGGACACCGAUUAUACCAAAAAAAUACCUGUGGUACGACUGGAGAGGAUGGGCGCGCUGUCGGAUACCGACAGCGUGUCGAGUCGUAUGACUGUUGAUAUGGCGGUGGAGGUGGGCGCCCCGAUGGCGCGCGCUGAAACCAACGACCUUGGCUUGAAUGAAGGACUAGCUGCCCGGCCUGUGCGACUCUCCGAGUCGGACUCGUCGGUCUGCAGCAUGAUGACGGUGGAGUCGGGGGACAUACCACCCAAGGAGAUGACACAGAAGAGGAAGAAGGGCGCGAAGCGGACUCACGCUGAGGAAAGCUGCUCUGGCUCUGAGAGCGACGCGAGCGUGCAGCUGGGUGAUAAUUCGGAAUCCUCAGUGAGCAGGUGGCUAAAACCCGCCACUAAGAGGGGGCGAGGCCGACCGCCCACCCAUGGAAGAUACGUGGGCAUAGGGAAGUCGCAGGAAGAGCUCCGCGAAGCGAAGUCGAAGGCGAAGACGGAUCGCUUCCAAACGGAGGACGCGUUGGCCGUUUACAACGAAACGGCCAAGUUGGCGCUGGAAGAGAGAGCGGCCCGCAGAGCGAACCGACAGACAGAUGAGCAUGCCGAGGACGCACCGAAGACGUCCGCCGCUUUGGACACGACAGUCCAGCAGGCGUUAGACGUGGUGCUCCAGGUUGCCGACAAGUCGGGCAACCUGAAGGGUACUUUCGUCAGGGCUCUGAAGACUGCCGCUGACACCAUCAAAGGUGCGGUAGCGGAACUUAGAGCUCUGACCAUGUCAGAGGAGGUGGCCCGCCUGGAAGCUGCUAACGCACAGCUUUCGGGCCAGUUGGCCGAACUGCGCAGAGAGGUGGCCGAGAUGCGCCGAAAACCGCAGGAUAACAACGAGGAAGGUCUCAAGCGCAUCAUGGAGGAGGCGCUGCGGUCCAGCCGAGAGCAGUUCGGCAACAUGCUGAACGCCCGGAUGGAGGGCAUCGAGCGCCGCCUCCUUCCGGAGCCUCGGUUGCGGCCUCCGCUAGCUGCAGACCGCAAGGAGGCAGAAGCUGCAGCUAGCAGCAAUACAGCAAGGGUGUCGGCACCAGUCGAGCCGCCCACUGCCAAAGUAGUAGAGAAGACUGACAAAAAGCCAAAAAAGAAGACGAAACGCCCUAGCAUGGCUGCCAAGGAGGCGGCAGCGGCUGCGGCGAAGAAGACCGCUCCUCCGCCAGCACCGAAGCCAGGCGGCUCCGGAGCAUCUUGGGCGGCUGUUGUUCGUCAACAGCCGAAUAAGCCGCCCAAGAAGCCUAAGGCGCCGGAAAAGAAGUCGAAAGAAAGGCGUCCCGGAAGGAAACUUCGCUCUCCUCGCACCGCGGUGAUCACGAUCACCCUAAAACCCGGUGCCGAGGAGAAAGGGGUGAGGUAUGAGGAUGUUCUCGCCGAGGCCAAAAGCCGAAUUAAGCUCGGCGAGGUAGGCCUCACCUCUGUGCGCUUCCGCACGACGGCAACGGGGGCACGGAUGCUGGAGGUCCCGCCGGGUACCAACGACGCGGAGAAGGCGGCGGAUGCCCUGGCGGCCAAGCUCCGCGAGGUCCUCAGCUCGGACGCGGUCCAGGUCCAUAGACCGACUAAGUGUGUCGAGUUGAGAAUCUUGGACCUGGACGACUCGGUGACUGCGGUGGAGGUGGUGUCUGCGGUCGCCGAAGAGGGGGGUUGUUCCGCUGGAGCAAUAAAACCGGGUGUUAUUGCCCGGCGCUCCGGCGGCUCCGGCUCCCUCUGGAUGAGCUGCCCGGUGGCGGCGGCAAAAAGAGUGCUGGAGGUGGGCCGCGUCAAGGUGGGGUGGGUCUCGGCACGAGUGAGACUGCUCGAGCCGAGGCCGCUGCGCUGCUUCAGGUGCUUGGAGGGGGGCCACAUGGGGGCCAAAUGUGAUAGGGGUGUCGACCGCAGCCGUCUGUGCUUCCGCUGCGGCCUUCCCGAUCACAGGGCCAGGGAGUGUACCGCCGCUGAAGCCAAUUGUAUCGUGUGCUCAGCGGCCGGUAAGCCUGCGGCACAUGCCGUCGGUAGCAAGGCGUGCCAGGGCAGCAAAACUCGUCUCGCCUCAAAGAAGGGAGGAGCGGUGGCGAAAGGGCCCGUCACCGCGUCCCAGAGGACUGUGGAGGAGCCUAUGGAGACCGCCCAAUAA